AUGACCAGAGGUGGUGGUAACAAACCAACGAUGUUGGGUCGUUUGAUUUUCGGUGAAAAACGAAAACAACAUGCAUCACCAUCGCGGCAUCGAUCAGCCACACGGAAUGGUGGCGGCGCGGCUGAUAUGUCAAUAUAUGGUGUUCGGGGUGGAGGUGGCAUUUCUCAUAAAAAUCAAAUUAAUUUACACGAUUGGGCUAUUUGGCGAAUGCAUUUGAAUGAACAAAUGGGAUGUGGAUUGUCCGAUCGAACUGAUUUCAAACACAUGCGACAAUUUCUUCAUUCAAAUCCGUUUUAUCAACAACAUAGUAGAGAUCCUUCUAACGGUCGAUACAAUGGAGUUCGAUUACUUUUUUCCAUUCCCCAUGCUAGAAUGAAAGCUGAUUUAAUGGAUGCAUCUCACACAGGUGUAGGCGUAGCGGCAGGAGGAGGAAUUAACAAAAUUACUAAUUUGGAUACAGAAGACACAACAACAACAUAUGAACAACAUAAUGUUGCAGUAAAUAGUGAUGAUCAUAGAACAAAUAGUGCUAAUUCAGUUUCAGCUGGAUCACCACCAGUUACUCAUAAAUCAAUGAGUCAGGUACUUCCAAAAGCUUUAAUAGGAAAUAAAAGCAGUUACCAUCCUGUUCAUCCAUCUAUAGUUGCAAAUGAUGUUCCACGUGCUCGCCGUUCAAUUCGUGCGCCAUUCAAAACAGUUGAUCGAGUUCAUGCAACAUUACAAAAAGCAGUCAAAGAUGGUAAUGUACUAGAAAAAAUCAAAGCAUUUGAAAUGCAAGCAGCUGCAGCUCAUGCUGAAUCAGCAGCAAAAUUAAGUGGUAAUAGUGUUUUUGGUUGUGUUAGCAAUAAUCGAAUGCACUUUAUGGCAUCACCUAUUCAUUCAGCAGCACAUCGUGCGCUAAGUCCAACUAUCACACAUUCAAUUCAACAUUCAAUAUCACCUAUGCCAAUACAAUACGAACGAACGCCACCACCGCCGCCACAACAACCACAACAACAACAACAACAACAUUAUAUUCGUUCUCAUCGAAGUCGUCUUAUUCAUCCAACACGAGGACAUCAGGAUGUUAGUGUUGGUCCAAUGGGGGGUCGUCAGUCUAGAAAAGGAACACAUGUAUUGGAGCCUGCUCUUGGAGACAUUAUUCUGAGACGACGAACACCUUCACAAAAAACUGCCAAUGACGAAGACUACUCCAUUACAGCCAUUAAUUCUAUGCCACUUCCACUUCCGCAAGGUCCUAGUCAUCGUCAUCAUCAUCAUCAUCAUCGAGCCAGUGCAUCUCGUUCUCGAUAUCGAAAAGAAACGCCUCAUGAUAGACGCACAUCUAGUGUCCAUGAAAAUGUUCCAAAGAAAUCUCAACCGAAAUUAAAAACAAAACAAAAACAAAAACAAAAAGAAACAAAACCAUCAGCAUCAUCGAAAACAACUACACGUCAUCGAUGGCUUCCAGGACAUAAAGGUACAUCAGUUGAAACUGAAAAGAUUAAACAAGAUGUAUCCAAUGGCAAAUCAAAUAAAAAUAAUAAAACAAAGAAGAAAAAUACUGAACAAGAAGAAUUCGAUUCAAAAGAUCAAACAAAAUCUUCUUCUGCUAAAAGUAAAAAAGAGUCAUCUGAUAACAACCGUGUUUAUGGUGUACCAAAUUCAUCAACCGUUAGUGAACAAUCAAAAUUUGAAACAAUAUCACCACAGCCACCACCAAGAAUUGACGAAGAAAAUGAAUCUGAUCGUGAAGAAGAAAGAUUAGAAAAUAAAAAUCAUCAUACAUCACCAAAACCAGAAGAAAAUCUCAGUCAAGAUAAAAAAUCUGACACGAAUAUCGAACGGCAAUCAAAUAAAACAGAACAACAUCAAAAACUUUCAAGUGCCGAUGGCGAAAUCUUAAGUAAAGUUGAAGAUGACAAUCGGUUUUCUCGUCCUACGGAUGAUCAUGCUCAUCGUUCCGAGCUUAACGAUGACGAUGAUGAGUGUAAAAGUGAAGGAGAUGUUUUUAUCGAAGAAUCAUCGUUAACAAAUUUGAAUGUUCCUCCACAACAGCCGCAAUCAUUAGUUAAUGUUAUUCGACGUUAUUCAAGUCAAUGUUCAGAUGAUAAAAUACUAUUGGAUCGACGUUGGCAAUGGUCAAAAGAAAGUGGUGGAUUAAUUGAUAAGGGUCAUCCAAAGAAAAAACAACAAAAAUCAACAACAAGUCUUACAUCUAAAGAAGAUCAUACUGUUUAUCAAACACCAAAAUCUGAACAAAUUCUAAAAUCAUUACAUAAGAAACAUGCAUCAAAUAAAAAACAAUCUAUUCUUGCAACAGCAAAAACGACAUCAAAAGUAACAUCACCACCGCCAAAUGAAAGUAAUGAUGAGCAAAGUAAUACGAAACAAAUCAGUAAACAAAUUCUUCAUGCUAUUCUAAAUUCAAUGCCGAACAACCAAGAUCAAUCUACCGUCAAUGAAUUCUUUGAAAAUGGACCUUAUACAAAUCCAGAAGACGUCAUGACUAACAUCGUUAGCACAGCUUAA